AUGAGCUGGAAGAAUCCCUACAACGGGCCAGGUGGCCCCUACUUUGAGCCAGACGAUCGAGAAAGUAGGCACAAAAAUGGUGUCGAAUGGAGGAGAGAGCCGGACACUGGCGAAUCGUGGACAUCGACAUCGUGGAGGAACAACAUGGAUAUGCAUCGAUAUCACGGAGAUCCAUCAUUGGCUCCGAUUCAACCAAAUAUGAGGCACUACGAGAUGAUGGAAGAACGCCCACGAUUUUACGGUGAAAGCAGCGAUUAUCACCGACACUAUGGGGUGCAGGAGUCAAGAGGAUGGCAAAGAGAAGAACGACAUCGUGGAUAUGAGCGAAGAGAUGAAUGGAGACGCUCAGUGGAUAGAAAUCGAGGAGAAGAAAGAAGUGAUCGAAGACGGGUUGAACAAAGACGUGAAAGGGAUGAUCGAAAAAGUGAGAGAGCCGAUCGACGACCUGAAAGUGAUGAUAGAAAGAAUGAAAAAGAGGAAAAUAAACAACCGGAAACGGCGGAGGAAAAUGUGCAGGAAAAAACGGAGAGAACAACAGAGUCAUCAACGGUUGAUGAAGCUGAGCAGGCCGAGAUCCUCCAACAACAAGAAGCUCCUGACGAAGACAGCUAUUCGGAGGGAAUGAAGGGCGCCGCCGAUUUGGUGAUUUUGAAGCCGAACUUCGACGAUGUGCACUUUUAUGGCGGCAACCGUGGGCGGGGAGGAAUUCGUGGUGAUGGGCCACCGAGGGGACGCGGUGGAUAUCGUGGAUCGUUUCCGAGGGCUGGAAUCGACGAGAGAUCGCCUUCUUGGGUCUCGCAAUACUUUGAUCGGGUUCAUAAGUCGAAGACCUUGCUUCCGGCACCGCCGCAAAGGUUGCCUCCUCCGGGUCCGUCAAGCUCGCAUUUCUACCCAGAAGAUCAUUUUCCACGUAGUGGACCACCUCGAGCGCACGAUAUGCCAAGUUUUGGAGGUGGUAUGCGAGAGAUCCCGAAGACGAAAGCGGAUUUCUUGGAAUCGUCGGCAAGUCGUCGCAUGAAAGAAUGGGAGAGAUUCAAGAGUGAAAAUGGAGACGAUCCACAUCAGUUCAUUGAGACGCUCAGUGAUGUUGAUGAGAAAGAAACCUGGUAUCAAAUCCUCGACCUUGUUGGUCCCACGGGAGAUGACGAUAAAAAAAUGCCAACUAUGCCACCAAUACAAGCACCAGAAACUCCAAAACGUGGUCUUCUCGGUGCUCAUCCGGCAAAAAGUCGCCUUCGAACACCAUCGCCCGUUAGGCCAUCGUUUUUCCGCCACGAGUUUCCCAGUGUUCGUCCAGGAUUGUACACGGGGAAAGAUGGGACUAUGACAGCUAUGGGGGUUAGUCGAUCGGCUCCACCUUCUGCUUCAGCUCCACAUAGGAAGGGUCUAUUAGGACAAGGUCCUGGAAAGUCCAACGGCAUGAGAAACUACGAAAGAGGCCGUCCAUCGUUUAACCCUUACACCGACGCUUUGCCGGAACGAUAUGGUGGCGAAAAAUCAUUGAAUGGUCCGAUUCAAUCAGAGGGACCAGCUUAUGAACCGAAUUUGCCAUCUCAAUUUGAGUUGCUGGAAAGAAACAGUCUUUUGGAGGCACAAUUGAGGGCUUUACAAUCGAUGCAAGAGGAGCGAGAAAUGAGAUCGGGUCACCUUCAGUCUCCACAUCAAUUUGAUGGCACUAAUACACCAGCUUACGGUUAUCUCCCAGAUGGUUCGCCAACACAU